AUGGCGCGGUUAAAUGACGACAGUCAACAAGACGUCGAUUGCACAGAGAUCCUAAGCCCGCAACCAUUUGCCCCUCCAGGCAAAGGCUUUCUUGUAUCAUCCCUCGAGUCCAGCAACGAGCCCUACUCUGCCGAUAAUGCCCAGAUGUCCUCCACCCAAGAAUAUGAAUACAACUCGUCCUCCUCCUCCACCCGCCAUUCAACAAGCGACGUCUUCGGUCGUGAAAUGGACGAUGAACUAGACCAACUGAAGUCCAGAGCAUCGAGUCGCUCAUCACUAUCCUCAACCCCAGCCUCCGUUCUCAUUCACCCAGUUGACAGGAUGAAACAAAUGCCAGACAUGGACAUCCACGAAAAGAUAACCGGCUACAGAGUAGAAGAGUCCGAAGCUAGCUUCGGCGACUUCAACGACAUCCCCGCUAAUAUCCGUACCAUUCGCCAGCGUGAAGCCGCAUUUCGAAAACCGAGUUCUGUCAGGGCUAUGCAGAUGCACACAGAAGACGAAGCCGACGACGACGACUAUCUAACGCCCCCGCGCCGACGACCAGGCCUCCGCUCGCGGUCACCUGGCCCCUCACCACUGAAACGAUCACCCUAUCACUCGCCCAAUGCAUCAAAACACCCCAAACCGAGGAAGGAGGCUCCGCUCGUGCUGCUGCACUGCACCCUCCUCCCGCCGUCCAUCCCGGUGCCUGGAGCAUCGGACCCCAGAAACCAGGAUAUCCUGGAAGACGAGCUACCGGCGGAAUAUUGGAAGCGAUGGCGGCGGCUCCAAGACCGGGUUGGAUCGGGUGUGCUACGUGAUCGCGGCGUUUUGAUCUCGCACCCGGAGGAUCUAUAUGACAUUCUAGAGGAGCGGCUGUUGGAGAGUCUGGAGCUGCAACGACCACGCCUGCAGAACGGUCACUUCGUGGGUCGGGAGGACCAUAGCUCUGGCUCUGGCUCUGAGGGUGAUUUCUCCGAUAUCGGAGAGAGCGAGACGGACGGCGAGCAGGGUGAUGAGUGCCCUGAUUGUGGGACCCAUGUGCGACACGGCGAUAGCAAUCGCAAAUGGGAAAUUCGGGUGUUUGCUGCGAACGGGUUGAUGCGCGCUGGGGCGUGGGCUGCGGCAUGGCGCGAUAUGGAGAAGGUUGAUGUCGAGGUCGGGCUUUGGUUGCCUUCUGAUGUGCGCCGUGGUCUGGAGAAGAGGCUUGCAGAGGAGCAGAUGGCCGUUGUGGAGCAGGCUCAGAGUCAGAUGCCACAAAUGCAGAUGCAGAUGCAGAUGCAGAUGUCGCCGCUGGUUGAUAGUGGGCAUCAGGCAUCACCGGAGAUUCUGCAGUCGCCUAGGCAGAGCCAUGCUCGUAUGCUCAGUGAUGUGGGGUCUUUCCAGUCUGAUGAUAUCACGUUCGGACAGGUCUUCCCUGAAGCUGGAGCUCGGCUUGACCAUGCGUCUGAGUUUGGACGGGAGAAGAAGGAACACGAGGUUGCUCUUUCGACUCUCUUCGUCAAUUAUAUUCGUGUCCUAGCCGCCGAUAAGCGCAACAUUGCUCUGCUUCUUCUCAGUGUUCUUGUGGCGUUCCUUGCUAUCAGUUCCCGCCAGCAGCAAGUCCCCGUUUACUCCCACCUUGGUUCUUUUUCGCAGACCUUGCCAGAUGAUAUCCUGCCCUCGUCGGCUAUGCCGAGUUUGAGCAUGGCCCCAUCUGUGUCUCCUUCGAUCUCUUUUGCGAGCUCGGUCAGCGCGAGCGCCGUGGGCUCAGUUGACUCUGUCUCCCCUGAGUUUGUGGCUGCGAGUGAGAGAGAGGUGAUUCCAAUGUCUGGGACAGCAGAGCCUGCUUCUCUGGCAAUCGGCUCACCUGACUCUCAUGAUCAGUCUACGCACUCUGUAGAGUCUACGGAGCAUAUAUCACCACGUCAGCUGCCGGAGAAUUCUCAGGUACAACUCGAUGAGGCAGCAGAUUCUUUUUCUUUGUCUGCUGUCCCUAUUGAAUCUCCCAUUGUGCCGUUGGAGCCCGCGGAGCAUAUACAGACUGCACAACCUCAACCUGAGGACGACGCGCACAAACCCUUGGAUGACCCUGUGGACCCCCCUGCUGUGUCUUCGGAGCCCUCCGCUUCCUCAACUGACUCUGAUGAAUCUCCUUUUCUAUCAGCCAUGUCUGAAGGCAAUGAGCGACCCCAGCUUGAGAAUGAAGCAGAACUGCCUUUGGAUGACACCGUGGACUCUUCUGCUGUGUCUUCAGAGUCAUAUCCUUCCCCCGCAGACUCCAUCGACUCUCCUGUCCUGUUGGAUGUAGCUACAGAGACUGCACAGUCUGAUACUCAAAGCGAAACAGAAGAACAAUACGAAGAAGACGAACAAACAGAUUGA